GCAUUUUAAGUAUUAAUUUGUUUUGAUGAGUGCUACUGAUUUUAAUCUAUUUAAUGUUGACCAUAUUUAUUUUAGAUUGACCAUUAACCAAGAUUUAAAAAAAGAUAUUGUAGUGUAGGCCCUAUAAUUAGUAGGAGACAGUGACAAGACCUUUGUCCAAGUCUAUUGUGGAGUGCAUUUUGUAGCCAUUUCAGGGAGUGCCUAGUCAGUCCCUCUAGGAUUUUGAGAUUUUUUGGUUUGUGUAAUUUUUAAUUCAAACAUCAGACAGGUUAUCUAUAUGAGGGGUGUGUGUGGUUUUUUUUAUUUUAUUAUUAAAAUAGUAUUUUAUUUUCAGUUUUUGUGUGUUAUGUCCUCAUGUCUUGCAAUGGAGACAUUAGUACACUCAUUUUAAAUGUCAUCUAAUUUCACACAUUUCUGACAACUGUAUUUACAUGGUCAAGCUGAAAUAAAAUGUAAUUCCUUGGUUUGAACCUUCCUAUUCCAAAAUCACACAUUUUUGGUAAUAUUCAGAACAGUAAUCAUAAGUAAUUGUGUACCGAAAACUGAACAGAAAACAUGAUUAUUCAAAUUGUGUUGACCAUUCGUAGCCUUACUUUGCCGGUAUUAUACGUACUCACUGAAAUUACCCUUCAAAAAGCCUGUGCAUGAAUUUAGGAACGGCCUUUUAUUUUGAAAUGCCAUCUCCAUGCAACGGGAACGGCUGACUAAACACUUUGACACAACAAUAUGCCUUUAUGUUUAAUCUAAUGUUCGAAUACUAUUUACAAUUUCACAACUGAAUACAAGACAGAAUAAGAUAAUGUGUGAAUAGUUCAUUUAACUUUUAAUGAAAUAACAGUUAGGGUGUAAGAAACAUCCUCUGGAUGCCCUGGUACUCAUUCUCAGUAAUUCGAAAACAGCUCUAAACCGAUGACAGAACUCCAUCAGGCUGCAGCGUCAGGGGAUGCUGAUCUAGUAGAGGAGAUUUUGAGGCAGAACAAAUAUGAUCCCAAUCAGAGGGAUGUUGAUUGGAACAACAAGACUCCCCUACACUGGGCUGCAGCUCGCGGUCAGGCAGAGAUAGUGCGGGUUCUGAUCGAGCAUGGGGCUCGGCCAUGCCUUUGUACAGGGAGUGGGUGGACUGCGGCUCACUUUGCAGCGGAGGCAGGGCGCCUGCAAGUGCUGCGGAUGCUCCAUGCCUUCCAUGCACCUCUGGACAAGGAGGAUUGUUGUGGGGACAAGCCUGUCCAGAUUGCUGAGGUUUAUGGCCACAUAGACUGCGUGCAGUUCCUUAAAAGGGCAGAGACAGAGCAUCAGGAGUAUCGCCGUUCUGCUUUGCUGUCAGGCUUGUCUCUGGAUGACAGGGAUGAAGAAUGGGAGGAGCAAAAGCGGGACACAACGCACCAAAGGACGGCACAGAAUGUGAAGGCGCACGCACCAGAAAUUAAAUCAACAUGUAAAACUUGGGCAUGCAGUAAGAAGAAUGAAUAACCCCUGAAAUGAAUGGACAUGGACAUGAAGUCAUGGACAUCUGUAACCCUGUACAAAUAAC